AUAGACCUACGAAGGAAGCGUAUUAUUGUGACAACAAGUUGAUAUUGUGUAUAUGAUGAACUAGUUUAUCAAUUUUACCAUUUAUAAUAAAGUUGGACAUGUUGCGGCUGUUUUUCUUCCAGAAGGCAAAGCAAAACAAGCAAACUUUUACAAAUAUGUCAAACAAUGUCUGUCAAACUUCGGGACACGCAAAUCAAAAUGGGUAUUUGCAUGUAUUUCCUCAACAAUAAUUGCCGAUUCGGUUCCAGAUGCAAUAAUGAGCACAUAGACAUUGGGUCUAUUGUGAAAAAUGAAGCAGAUGUAACACUAAAAGGCAAUCAAUGGCCGCUUUCCUGCUUUGGCCCCUUCAAGGAACGGAACUGCAUCCCCAACUUUAUCGAAGACCAAAGCUUCGAAGAAAUUCGCAUGAUGUAUCUAGAAGCAAAAAUGCAGAACAAUGUACCAGCGCAUCAGAUGCAGCUUGCACAGAUGAUAAACGAUGCCAAAACGAAGAUGCAAUGUCUUACGGCAAUGAACAGAGAGGUCCUGAACACAUUGGUUGAGAUUUAUAAUCAGCAGGAAAGCAGCGCCACACCGUCAAGCAAUUCAUCGAACCCGUUUGCAUCGACAGGAGGGUCUGUUGGCAGUAACACCUCAGCAUCCAGCAUUUUUGGAGGUGGCAACAGUGGCGGUGCGUUCGGAUCUGGAUUCGGGGCUAGUGCCACUGGUGUUAGUUCUGGUACUGCCGGUAGCAUAUUUGGCGGAGGUUCAAUUAGUGGCCAAACCGCACAACCAGUUGGAAGCAUCUUCGGCACAGCAGCUUCCACGACUAAUAACAUAUUCGCCAAACCUACCCAACAAGUGUCCACUGGAAAUAUCUUCGGGAUGUCCCAACCAUCAAACAACGUUUUUGGGGCUCCUGCCGCGAUAGGUGGUGGAUUAUUCGGCGGUGUUCAACAACCGGCUCAAAGUGCUGCACCAAUGUUCGGUGGUGUAACAACACCAGCGAACCCGGUUGCUGGUGGUAACAUAUUUGCAAAUGCCACUAACAACGCAUUUGCCCAACCGGCAGCAGGUGGUUCCGUGUUCGGUGGUGGUAGUAUGUUUGGUAACAGUGCAGCAUCCGUUGCACCCGCCACUGGUGGAUUUGGAACGAUUCCGACGCAACCCCAGCAGAGCACCGGAUUAUUUAAUACUGUUCCUUUUGGCAAUAGUGCCUCAACAGGCGCAUCCUUUGGAUCGUUUGGAUCCGCGAUGCCAGCUGUACCUGCCGUCAAUGCUUCAUCAUCACAAAAUUUGUUCCUUUCCGCUUCCACGGCAACUCCGUUUGGUACUGCAAUGGGUUCAAGUGCUUUCGGUGCCCCCAUAGCAUCUUUAGGGCAAAGCGUGCCUCAAUCGGCCUCCAUGUAUAGCAAUAUGGAAGCAGUUACGGCGGAACAAUUAGCUGCCUUCAAAUCGGAACAAUUUCAAUUAGGACGAAUACCAACCAUACCACCACCUAAAGAAUUGUGUCAAUAAAUUAAUAGCAAAUAAAAUUGUAUAAAUACUGUUAUUGCAGCCGCCAAUGCAUAGACAAAAUGUUUGAAACUAAUUUUAAAAUACGCAAAACGUAGAAAAAAUAUGACAAUAGCGUAAAAUGCAAUAAUAAUAACGUUUGAAUUUGUAAAUUAUGAACUUCGAAAUUAAAAUAAAAAAAUAUCAAUCAACUCUGCUGGAAAACAUACAAUUUUUACUGCAGCAAAGCAAUUUCGGCACAAUUGUGCCUUUAUGUCAAGUAACGAAACGUCAAAAGUGUAGAAGUGCAUGACCUUGUGAUUUCGUAAUUUUACACACCCAUGCCGGAUUAUUCGUGUUCGAACCGAGGCACGACGGAUAAACGAGAUUUCACUGUUAUUCUUGCGUUCACAUGGCAGCAGGGAGGCGCUGUGUCGUUCGCUCGCGUGAAGUUUGAUUAAUUUACAGUUAAAAAAGCAAAAUCUACCAACUAGUGUGUUCCAGUGCAUUGAUUGAAGGUGGGAAGUGAUCAAUAUUUAAAAUUAAGCGUAAAUGCAAAGACGAGAAUUGCCAAAGAUAUGAGUUCUACGUAUACGGGCGUUCAGUGCGUGCUGGCGCGUGUGGGGAUGUGUGCGUGCGUGCGUGCGUGUGUGAGCUAGGUUCAUUAGCUAGCGUUGAAGAAGCCGUGUGCACCGUAGCUCGGAACAGAAUACGUGUGUGUUACUGAUUUGAUGUAGUGUUUGCGUUCGCUGCGAACAAUCGUGUGGAAUCGUGUCGUUUUCUUUGGUGGAAAAAACCAUGCUGAAAUAUGCCAGUGUUUUCGCAGCAAUUCUUUGAGCCAAAUGCAUCUACGUGGUUUUACCCAAGCCAAUUCCACUGUCGCACGAAGAAAGCAAUCGUUCAUUUGUAGCAUAAUUUACUUCUACAGUUUACGAUUAUUUCUUACUGGUUUUCUGAAAUCCAAAUCCGCGUAAUGCUACCAAUAGAGGAAGAGAAAAAGAAGAAAGAAGGAGAGCAGAAAAUAAAGGAAAAGAAGGUGAAGAAAUGAAGCCACUCAUACAAUGUAGCGUUUCGGACGAAAAUGCUUGUAGUGUGUGUGUGUGCGUGUGUGUAUGUGAAUCAGGAAACGGAACGGU